AUGGGGAGGUGCAAAAUGGGUUUGUGUUUCAGUGACAAGUUGAGGAUGAACAGAGGAGCUCCACCUCCUGAUGUAGUGACUGCAUUUAUGGCGUAUACCGAGGGCGGGAACCACAUGACCUCAGGGCAGCUAUGUCGGUUCUUGAUUGAAGCGCAGGGCGAGACCGAGGUGUUGGUUUCAGAUGCAGAGAAGAUCAUAGAAAGAGUCACAUGUGUAAGACAUCAUAUCACUAAGUUCUUGAGGCAUACGCUAAACCUCGAUGAUUUCUUCGGUUUCUUGUUCUCAGAUGAUCUGAAUCAUCCAAUUGUUAGUAAGGUGCAUCAAGACAUGAACUCUCCUUUGUCCCACUAUUUCAUUUAUACAAGCCAUAAUUCGUAUCUGACCGGGAACCAGAUCAAUAGCGAAUGCAGCGAUGUACCUCUCAUCAAGGCAUUGAAGAGAGGUGUUCGAGCUCUUGAACUUGACCUGUGGCCUAACUCUACUAAGGACGACAUACUUGUCCUCCAUGGCUGGGCAUGGACACCUCCAGUGGAACUGAUCAAAUGCUUGAUAUCUAUUAAAGAUCAUGCCUUCUCUGCAUCUGCAUACCCUGUGAUCUUAACUUUGGAAGAUCAUUUGACUCCAGAUCUUCAAGCCAAAGCAGCCGAGAUGAUGAAAGAGACAUUCAAGGAUAUGGUGUAUUUUCCUGAGUCUGGUGGUUUAAAAGAGUUCCCUUCACCAGAAGAUCUCAAGUACAGAGUUGUAAUAUCCACAAAGCCUCCCAAAGGGAACUUAGAAAAAGAAAAAGAUUCCGAGUCAGAUGCAUCAGGAAAGGCGUCGUCAUCGGAUGUUUCAGCCGACCAAACCGAGGAAGAAACAAGCGAGGCGAAAAAUGAAGAGGAUGGAUUUGAUCAAGAAUCCAACAACUUGGAUCUCCUCACCUACAGUCGCAUGAUAUUGAUUCCUUCUGGAAAUGCUAGAAAUGGAUUGAAGGAAGCACUUACGAUCGAUAAUGGUGGAGUUAGACGGUUGAGUUUGAGGGAGCAGAAGUUCAAGAAAGCCACUGAAAUAUAUGGAACCGAAGUCAUGAAAUUCACACAGAAGAAUCUGUUGAGGAUCUAUCCCAAGGCCACUCGAGUAACCUCCUCCAACUACAAGCCCUUUAGCGGUUGGAUGUACGGAACUCAAAUGGUUGCUUUCAACAUGCAGGGUUAUGGAAGAGCUCUCUGGAUGAUGCAUGGGAUGUUCAAGGCGAAUGGUGGAUGCGGGUACGUGAAAAAACCUGACUUUAUGAUGAACAAAGGUCCCGAUGGAGAAGUGUUUGACCCGAAAGGGAAAUUACCCGUAAAGACAACUUUAAAAGUGAAGGUGUACAUGGGAAAAGGAUGGGACUCUGGUUUCCAGCAAACAUGUUUCAACACAUGGUCUUCUCCUAACUUCUACACAAGGGUGGGGAUAACAGGAGUAAGAUGUGAUGAGCUAAUGAAGAAAACAAAGAAAGAAGACAACACUUGGGAGCCUUUAUGGGACGAGGAGUUUGAGUUUCAACUUACAGUACCCGAGCUUGCGUUGCUUCGAGUUGAAGUUCAUGACUAUAACAUGCCAGAGAAGGAUGAUUUCUGUGGCCAGACAUGUUUGCCUGUUGCAGAGUUGAGACAAGGCGUACGUUCUGUUGCGUUGUAUGAUCGAAAAGGCGAGAGACUAGUUGCAGUCACACUUCUCAUGCGGUUCCAGUUUGUUUAG